AUGCCAGCAGUAUCGAACAACGGAAUCAUUUUCAAGGCUAUCCCAGAAGGAAUACCCCAACCCGACGUACACUUUGAAUUAAUUCAUCGUACAAUUGAUAUUGAAAAUUUGAAAUUGGGAAAGAAUGAUUUUAUUUUGAGGAAUCUUUAUUUGUCUUUAGAUCCUUAUAUUCGUACGACCUUAAGAGAACCUCAUAGUGAAUCAUUUUUGCCACCGCAAAGAAUUGGUCACGUUAUAAGUGGCCUUGGAGUUUCUGAAGUUAUAAAAUCAAAUGAUCAUAACCAUAAAGUUGGUGAUCUCGUUUACGGAUUUAUUGGUUGGGAAGAAUACACUCAUAUUAAGACUGAUGAAAAUAGAAUAAACUGUGCUCCUUUUAAAAACAUUAAUUAUCAUAAAAAGUUAUUACCCGAGAUUCCAUUGAGUAUUCAACUUAGCGCUUUUCAGCUUAGUGGAUUGACUGCUUACGGAUCCUUAAUGGCUCUCGGAAAACCAAAAGCAGGAGAAACGAUUUAUAUUUCGAGUGCGGCUGGAGCCACCGGACAACUUGUUGGUCAAAUCGCCAAAAUUAAAGGAAUGAAGGUGAUUGGGUCUACUGGAUCUGACGAAAAAGUCGAUUACCUUCUGAAUGAAUUAAAAUUUGAUGCUGCCUUUAACUACAAAAAAGUUGACCUUGAUAAGACAUUAUCGAAACUUUGUCCAAACGGUAUUGAUAUUUACUUUGAAAACGUCGGCGGCGAAACACUCGAGGUAGUCCUAAAUCAUUGCAAUCGCUUAGCUCGCAUACCAGUUUGUGGUAUGAUAUCACAAUAUAAUAUUACGGAUCCAAACGGAAAGUAUGGAGUAAAAAAUUUGGAAUUAAUCUUUCAUAAGAGUAUUUGCGUUCACGGAUUUCUAAUGUCGGACUUUUAUGGAACCCAAACUGAAAAAGAUUUUGAUAAGGAUAUGUUAGAAUGGGUUAAAUCCGGUAAAAUCGUUUGUAAAGAAAAUAUUACCGUGGGAAUCGAAAAUGUUGUAAAUGGUUUUAUUGAUAUGUUGGUCGGUAAUAGUGUUGGCAAGUCGAUCGUAAAGAUAUCUGAUUAUUAA